AAUUAGAACGUUUUGGUCUCUGGUCUUCGCUGGACUAUAAAAGUGGCUCCAUCCUCACCUGCAGCCAACAGUCGAUGCCCAGACAUUGAGGAAUAAUCAACAGAGAUGCAAUCAGCAAAGCAAUCGGGCCUCUCCGUGGGAGUUGCUGCACUCCUCUGCCUCGUGGCUUUGGGGCAGGCUGAGCUGCACGUCUAUCAUCCACUGCUGACGCUGCACCAAGAGCCCGUUGUCGCCCGAGUGGGCAAUCUGCUGGAGCAUGUGCCCACCGCCGUCUCCCACCAGAGCUCCACCAUUGUCCAUCGCACGGCACCGCGACUCACGCCGCUCCUGGCACCCGCUCUGCGGACCACUCUGCACUAUCCCCCCGCCUGGAGUUAUCCGUUCUACGGGGCCACCAAUUCGCUCUACAGAAAGUAAACCAAGAACCAUGAACCAUGAACUACG